CCGGUGAAGACAAGAAGAAUCACAAUUGAAAUUGAAGUGGGUGCCGUAGAGAAAUGUUGCAAACCCUAGGAGGCGUAACCCCUCGCUUCGUGAAUCGGUCAUGGCUCCGAAACCUGACGGUGCGUGCAAUGACAUUCUCUUCCUCCUCCGAUUAUGGAGACCAGUCACGUGGUGGCCUUCCUCGCUUCUACUCCGAAAUUCUUCCUCCUUUCAAGGGUAGUGUUAUACGCGUGCAAGGUGAUGAAUUUUGGCAUAUGACAAAAGUACUGAGGUUAAGCACCAACGAUAGGGUACAGCUGUUCAAUGGAAAAGGAGGUCUUGUAGAAGGAUGCAUACAGGACAUUGAUCGCAGUGGGCUUGAUUUUGUUGCAUCGAGUGAUUUGAUAUCAAUACCUCCACAAAAUACACAAUUGCACGUGUUUGCUGGUUUUGGUACGCUAAAGGGUGGUCGUGCAGACUGGCUUGUAGAAAAGUGCACAGAACUUGGAGCCAGUAGUGUAACUCCUCUAUUGACUGAACGUUCUCCAUCGAUAUCAGAAAAUCGGGUGGACAGAUUGGAACGUGUCAUUUUAGCAGCAUCCAAACAAUGUCAACGACUGCAUGAAAUGGUUCUGAAAGAUACUAUAGAGAUUAAUGACCUUUUGCACCUUAUUGCACAAUCAAAGCUAGCUCUUGUUGCGACGGCGAAAGCAACUCCUGUUCUUAGUGCAUUGACGUCAUUGGAAAAGGAAACCAGUGGCUUAAUAAUUAUUGGACCAGAAGGCGAUUUCACCGAGAAAGAAACAAAUAUGAUGAUGGAAGCAGGUGCUACAGCUGUUAGUCUUGGACCUCAUCGUCUUCGAGUUGAAACUGCCACGAUAUCACUUUUGGCAACUGUGAUGUUAUGGUCUGACUCGCUGCAAACUUCGGUCAGUUGAUUCCUCAGUGUAGGUUGGUCAGGCAUGAUUAUGUUUUAGAAACAGAAUAUAUAUUUUGUUUUAUUUGUCUUUUAGAUUAAUUUAUGGCAACAGAUAUAAAGCUGUAAAGAUUUUGUAGAACUUUUCCUUCUCUAUUUGAUAGAAUUCACUGUGGC